AUGAUCACGAACCAACGGCUCUUCCGCGACCUGUAUCGCAAUGUCAUGAACCAAAACUACAGCAUCUUUACAGAGCACUUAUUCGACGUCGUUCAGAUCGCAGCGGAGCGCGAGUUGACGGCAGACCUGCCCACGCCGAGCGAUGGCAUCGCAAUCGCGUGGAACGCGGUCUCGAACGCGACGAUCCCGAGGAAGGCCAACAAAUCUAGACGCAACUUCGUCCAAGAUUCUCGCACAGCCCUCCGACUGAACAGAAAGGUGCACUACAGUCCCGUAUCGGACCCUCCCCUUGAUCUCGACCUGGGCGCGCUCAUCCAAACCCACGCGAUAUUAUCCUGGCAAUGCCAGAAGCUGAUCGAUGCGGGGGUGGAUUUAAAUAUGCUAUCGCCUGGCAUGACGGAUGCCACCACGAAUGAGGACACGUGCGUCGAGCUCGACUCGCCGUCCGAGCCCGGUGCCACCACCUGCGGAGUGUGCCACGCAAACGCCAAGGUCGACGGGGUCAUCAAUCAUGGCUGUAUUCUAUUCUCCCAGUCCGCGCGCGAGACCGUCCUGUCCAUGCGAGCCGGGACCCAAGUCUACGCCAAAUGCGUCGCACGGCAGCUCGUCGGGCAUGGCAUGCGGUCGGAAGUAAUGGCACGGCGUGCGGCUGCGCUUUGCAAAGACAUCUUGAAAGAAUUGCGCGCUGAUGGCCCGCAUGAUCUCGUCAAGGCUUUCAGUCGCGAGGCGCGCCAUGAGCUCCUCACGAUAUUCAACCAACACUGGCAUCCGCUGUACGGACAGUGGCGAGUGGGAGGAUCAAAGACGAUCCAAGUCAGUGAUCUGCGGAAGCUAGGUACGACUUUGUCAAAGGCAGUGGCUAUCUUCCUCGAUGAGGGAGUGGCUCGCGUGACAGAUGUGCAUGACUGUCUAGAUAUACUAGCCAAGGGGGCACCUUGGAAAGUUCAUCUAGCGGCCAUGCACACCAUGUUCACGAGUAUCACCUGCGCAAAGAUGUGCAAGGGAAAGAGCAAGGAUCGUGCUCUCCACUUCCGAGCAACUGUAUUAGAGCGCAAGAGUAAGGACGAGUUGUCGGCGUGGGGGUCGAGUCCUGCAGUACGCGAGAUGAUCCAGGUGAGCGAUGCGAAAUGUCCUCGAUCUCCAGAAGUGUCCACUGAGCGACACGGUGCGUACGCCCAGGAUAUUACCAGUGUUAUUGACUCUUGGAGCCAAAAACCCACGGCAGGCGCCACCCUCGCUUGUUGA